AUGCUGGAUGUGCUGCUGACCGCCUCCUGGCAGUUUCUGUUUAUCGAAACACUGGGUGCAGAUGUGUUCGCAGAGCUGCCUCGAAGUCUUGUCGGGGCGGUGCCGGUCCUCUCCAGAGACACCGCGUCGGGGAAGAAGGGCCACCACUUGAGCCAGGUGAAGACCCCGCACAACCCCUUGGACUCCAGCGCCCCACUGAUGAAGAAGGGGAAGCAGAGGGAGGUCCCCAAGGCCAAGAAGCCAACCUCGUUGAAGAAGAUUAUUCUGAAAGAACGGCAGGAGAGAAAGCAGCAGCGUCUCCAAGAAAAUGCCGUGAGCCCAGCUCUCGCCAGUGAUGCUGUACCGGAUGGUGAGAGCGGUGGUGACGAGGCCCUCGAGCCGGCCGACCCCUCAGGAGGGCCGGAGGCGUCGCCGUGCUCUGCGCCCAUGCUGGAGGGCAGGUCAGAAGAGCUGCCGAGAGCGGAGCUCCAGAAGGAGGUAGAGGGCUGCCACCUCGUUCCCAACGGCGCUGGCUGCCCCAAGAUCCACAGCCGGAGAUUCCGGGAUUACUGCAGCCAGAUGCUGAGUAAGGAGGUGGACGCCUGUGUGACGGAUCUGCUGAAGGAGCUGGUGCGCUUCCAAGACCGCAUGUACCAGAAAGAUCCAGUCAAGGCUAAGACCAAACGCCGACUCGUGCUGGGGCUGCGGGAGGUCCUCAAGCAUCUGAAGCUCAGGAAACUCAAGUGCAUCAUCAUCUCUCCCAACUGUGAGAAGAUCCAGUCGAAAGGUGGGCUGGACGACACGCUGCACACCAUCAUCGAUUACGCCUGUGAGCAGAAUAUUCCCUUCGUGUUCGCGCUCAACCGCAAAGCUCUGGGGCGCAGUUUGAACAAGGCCGUUCCCGUCAGCGUGGUGGGCAUCUUCAGCUACGACGGGGCCCAGGACCAGUUCCACAGGAUGGUCGAGCUGACGAUGGCCGCCCGGCAGGCGUACAAGAGCAUGCUGGAGAACGUGCGCCGGGAGCUGGCUGGGGAGCCUGGGCCCCCGGCUCCGGCCAGCCCGCCCGUGCAGGGCCCCGGCGGCUCGGCGCAGGACGGCCCCCCUGCCCCUGCACCCGGGAGCGAAGAGCCUUACUACAGUGAGUGCUGGGGAGGGCUGAGCAUCCUCAAGCUCCGCGUCGACUGAGGAAGGGGCAGAGCG